AUGCUAACUUCUCUACGCGACACGACAACUUCCCUUACCCCUUUUAUUUAUCUCCCCACUCUGUCUGUCUGUCUCUCCUCGUGUAUCCGUUAUUUUCUCUCUCUUUCUCCUCGUAUCGGUUAUUUUCUCUCUCUUUCCCCUCGUGUAUCCGUUAUUUUCUCUCUCUAUCUCCUCGUCGAAAUUCAACCUUUUCUCUGUCUUCAUCAUUUUCUUUCUCUUUCUCUUUCUCUUUCUCUCUCUCUUUCUCUCUCUCUCCCCUAUUUCUCUCUCUCUCUCCCUCUGUCAUUUUCUUUCUUCCCCUCCCUCUGUCAGUCUCUCUUUCUCCUAGUGUCUCCCCUCUCUCUCUCUCUCUCUCUCUCUCUCUCUCUCUCUCUCUCUCUAUCUAUCUAUCUAUCUAUCUAUUUCCUCUGUCAUUUUCUUUCUUCCCCUCCCUCUGCCAGUCUCUCUUUCCCCGUGUCUCCGGCCAGUGUGGGAAGGGAGGUACAACAAGAUGAACUGUUAAAACAUUUCAUUGAAAAUGUACAAAUGCCUUUAUUCAGCUAUGAAUCGUAUUAG